AUGGCGACCUCACUGGAGCCGACUACUGGGUAUGACUAUCAGACCUACUCAGAUCCCUUUUGCGAAUUCCAGGACAUGGCCUAUGCAAAAGAUUUCAUCGUUACAAUCUACUGUCUGGUUUUCAUUGUUGGUGCCUUUGGAAAUGUUAUUGUGAUAAUUAUCAUGAGGUCAAAGAGAAAGUCUAACCGUUUAGUUGAUGUCUUUAUCACCCACUUAGCAAUUGCAGACCUUGUGUUCCUACUCACCCUACCUCUCUGGGCAGUUUCGACUGCCUUGGACCAUCACUGGCUCUUUGGAGGGGGCCUCUGCAAGAUGUGUAGCUACAUUGUUGUUGUCAACAUGUACUCCAGCAUAUUCUUCUUGACUUGCAUGAGCAUCGACAGGUAUGUGGCCAUCGUGCUGUCGAUGAACUAUGGCUACCUGAGAAGCAGGAGGUAUGCCAUCAUUGCCAGCUUGGUGAUCUGGAUAAUCUCGUUUGCUCUCGGGUUGCCCACUCUCUCAUUCAGGUACAUGGUCCUGGUGGAUUAUAAUGACAAGUGGAUCUGCUCUGAGCUCAACACACCCUCCAACCACAUUUUCACCCUGAUUACCAGAUUCAUUGCCUUCGUCUUGCCCCUGGGCAUCAUCACGAUGUGUUACAGCUCGGUGGGCAUCAAACUCUAUCGACACUCUGACAGGAUGAGAAAGGAGGAAAGGCAGAAAAGGAAGUCGAUUAAAAUUGGCUUUUGGAUCAUCACUUUGUUCGUUUUGUCUUGGCUUCCUUACAACAUCUUGAAGACCAUGGACGUGUUGGUCCAAUCCUCGACCAUCCAAGCUUCGUGUGACACCCAGGAAGCAGUGAGUAAAGGUAUAAUGCUCUUCACCUGCCUGGCAUUCAUGAACAGCUGUGCCAACCCAAUUGUCUACUUGGUUUUCGAUUGUUACUUCAGGGCGAGUUUUUUCCAGCUCUUGCCCUGCCAGGCGGCCAGGAGGCUGAAUGUCCAUUCCUCAACGUCGCUGCCCAAUUCAACCAGGUCUCAGAGGCACAACUCCUCAUUCUACAAAGACAAAAAAACAUUCUCCUUGGCUAAGAUCAGUUCUAAAUCCAGGUCAAUGUGUUAA